AUGUACGUGCUUUACCCACCAAAUAUAAUUACACUUUUAUCUCAUCCACCAGUGUGUUGUUUGUUUUUUUUUUCUGAUAUUUUCCCAGGACCUUUUGGGGCAGAAAAGCUUCAUUCAGCCACUGUCACAUACCCAUCUUUGACCAUGAGUGGCCCUGACUCUCAAAAGACGAGUGGGAAGAAUGCUGGUAAACAAAUUAUCUUCAAAAAAAGCAACCGUGACAAAGCUCUAACAAUCUACCUUGGAAAGCGGGACUUCAUUGACAACUCGGGGACUGUGGAACCCGUAGAUGGUGUUGUAUUGGUGGAUCCUGCACUUAUCAAGGGAAGAUCAGUGUACGUGUCCCUGACCUGUGCUUUCCGGUAUGGCCAGGAAGACAUUGAUGUGAUGGGCCUCACCUUCCGACGGGACCUGUAUUUCUCUAGGAUCCAAGUGUACCCACCUGCUGACAAGCCAGAGUCUCUCUCCCACUUGCAGGAAUCUCUGCUAAAGAAGCUGGGGAAAAAUGCUUAUCCCUUUUUAUUUACAUUUCCUGAUUACCUGCCUUGUUCAGUCUGUCUGCAGCCUUCACCUCGGGAUGUUGAUAAGAGCUGUGGGGUGGACUUUGAGGUGAAAGCUUUCUCGACAGAUAAUUUGGAAGAGAGAAUUCAUAAGAGGGAUGCUGCACGUCUGCUGAUCCGUAAGAUGCAAUAUGCUCCAGAACAGCAAGGACCUCCACCUUGUGCAGAGACCACCUGGCAGUUCUUCAUGUCUAACAAGCCAUUGCACUUGAAAGCUUGCCUCAGUAAAGAGGUGUACUACCAUGGUGAGCCCAUUCCAGUCACUGUCACCAUCAACAACAGCACAGAGAAAACAGUGAAGAAGAUCAAAGUCCAGGUGGAGCAGGUUGCCAAUGUGGUUUUGUACUCCAGUGACUUCUAUACAAAAGUGGUAGCUUCCGAGGAAGCACAGGAAAAGGUGCAGCCAAACAGCAGCCUGACCAAGACACUGACACUUCUACCAUUGUUAGCAAAUAACCGGGAGACCCGGGAAAUAGCUCUGGAUGGAAAGCUAAAGGAUGAGGAUACCAACUUGGCUUCUAGCACCAUUAUUAAGGAUGGGAUAGACAAGACGGUGAUGGGGAUUCUGGUUUCCUACAAGGUCAAAGUGAAGCUCACUGUUCCAGGCAUGCUGGGAGACCUCACUUCCAGUGAAGUGGGUACAGAGCUGCCAUUUCGUCUGAUGCACCCCAAACCUGAGGAAAAGAGCACAUCAGGGAAGGAUGGUGAAGCAGAGAUGGUAUUUGAGGAUUUUGCUCGCCAACAGCUAAAAGAUACGCCUGAUGAUGAAGAAAAGAAUGAUGAGUGA